AUGGUACUGUUACCAGUCUUCACACCGAAGCAGUUGGCUGGUGUUUUACUUCUAAUAAGCUUCUCAGUUAUCGUCCACAUAUGGUACGCAUAUUACAUAUUGGAAUUUGCAAACGAUGUAUCAAACUUUUUAACUAUUGCCAAUGGAAGAUUCCGCAGAAACCUGCCCGUUGUAUCUGUAGGGCAGGACAUAAAGUUUGUUCUGUUGUGGAAAAGCGAAUGGCUAGCUAAGGCCUACUUAACCAAGUUAAAUUGUGUUGUCCAGAACUGUAUAUUUACGGAAAACAAACGUUUGCUACGGGACUACACAAGUUUUGAUGCCAUCAUUUUUAGUGAAAGUAUUUUAGAGUCUGAUACUAAAAGACCUUUAUUGAGAUCGAGUUCCCAGCUGUAUGUGUUCGCCUCAUUGGAGUCGCAGGUCACCUAUCCUGCGUGUGAAUUGCAUAAUGACAAUUUCUUCAACUGGACAAUGACAUAUCGCCUUGACUCCACAGUGUUGUGGCUUUUUUUCGUGGUUCGGAACCUCACGGGUUCUGUCAUAGCUCCGAGCAUAAAGCCCGUUUGGGAGAAGAAUGAUAGGCCUGUUGCGUCGCCGUUGAAGAGUCUUCUACUUAAGAAGACGAAAGCGGCGGCGUGGAUAGUGAGUAACUGCAAUGCGAACAGUGAGAGGGCUGCAUACAUGGUCUCUCUUCAGGAGCAUUUGUACCACUUCUCGUUGAACGUGGACGUGUAUGGCAAGUGUUCGGGCAUUAUUUGCCCGAAUGACAACUGCAAUGACCUUAUAAAGCAAGACUACUACUUCUAUAUCGCGUUCGAGAACUCCCUAGCUAAAGACUAUGUCACAGAGAAGGUUCUACACGGUUUCGACAACCACGCCGUUCCCAUCGUGUAUGGCGGAGCUAACUACAGUCGGUUCCUUCCUCCCGGCUCGUAUCUGAACGCGAUGCAUCUACAUCCCUACAACUUAGCACAAAAAAUGAAGCAGAUCAUUGACGAUCCAGAAUUAUAUGAGAACUACUUUAAGUGGACUAAUCUGUACACAAUAGACUCCGAUCCGAUGAAGAUCAAUCCGCUGUGCAAUUUUUGUGAGGCGUUGAACGAAGAGAAAGCGAAGAGCUCGCCAGCGAUGGCGGAUUUCAGGCUGUGGCGGAAUGGGGGACGAGACGGCAUGAAAUGGUGCCUCAAGGAGCGUUAUUUAAAUGACACUCACAUCAGGCCAGGACAACUCUACUCACCAACACUAGCUACAAUGCCAGACAACUAUAAAACAAACCAAAAACUUAAGAAACAACAAAAACACAAGACUAGAAAUACUAACACAACUACGUACAUACAGCUAUAA